AAUAGAAUGAGAUGGGACUAAAAGAAUGAGCAAAUAUUAACUACAAGACAUUCUCCGUUUUCAUUGUUUUCCUAUACCGUGUGUGUGUGUCUGUUUUUUUUUCAAAAUUUACAUUUCUGGUUUAUCAGACAGUCAGUCGUAUUGUACUGUGAAACGGAUCCGAUAUAUUGGAAAAGCAUUUAUUUAGUAGAGUAAUUUUCGAUUUGGUUAAUUUCUAUUUCUUUUGGGUUUCUGUGACUUUUUACUUUCUUCUUGCUUGAUUCUCAUUCGAUUCUUGUUUUCUUUUUGGUUGAAUCUAGCUUUCGUUUUACAUUAUGGCUACACAAAAAGCAUUCGUCUUGCGCAAGCAAAUGGAUACUGCGAUCGAAGAACGCCCAGAUGAUGUAGUGAAUGGAUACCACGAUGUGAAAGUGGCUAUCAAGGCCACAGGGAUCUGCGGAAGCGAUGUCCAUUACUGGAAGCAGGGUGGAAUUGGCGACUUUAUCCUCAAAAAACCCAUGAUUCUCGGUCACGAAAGUGCCGGCAUCGUCGUGGAAGUCGGAAAGGGUGUUCGUUCAGUCAAGCCAGGCGAUCAUGUUGCCGUCGAACCUGGUAUUAUUUGUCGUCACUGUGAAUUUUGUCGUGAAGGCCGAUACAAUUUAUGCCCACACAUGCAAUUCGCUGCUACUCCACCUUACGACGGAACUUUGCGCACUCAUUUUAUCGCCCCCGAAGAUUUCUUAACAAAACUCCCUCCUCAGGUAGCAUUGGAUGAGGCUGCCAUGUUUGAGCCAUUGAGUGUGGCUAUCCACUGUUGUACCCGAGCCAACUUGCGCGCUGGCUCUCGCGUUUUGGUCAUGGGGUGUGGUGCCGUUGGUCUCUUAUUGAUGGCCGUUGCUAAGGCUUAUGGCGCUUCUGACAUUGUGGCAGUCGAUACUUCUGCUUCUCGAGUCGAAUUUGCCCAAAAAUAUGCUGGCGCUCUCCCAUUCACCCCCAUUGAGACUCAUGCCAAUGAGUCAUUACCUGAUUAUGCCCGACGCUACCGAAAUGCCAUCGUCGACAAAUAUGGUGAAUUCGAUUUUGCCGUCGAUGCUACUGGUGUAGAGAUUUGUAUCCACACAGCCGUCUUGUGUUUGAAGCCAGGCUCCACUUUUGUUCAAGCCGGAAACGGUAAACCUGUUAUUCAAUUUCCAAUCAAUCACAUUGUAAACAACGAACUUAAUAUCCUUGGAAGCUUCCGUUACCGUGCUGGUUGCUAUGAUCAAGCCGCUUAUUUGGUAUCGAGUGGUCUCGUUAAGCUCAGACCUCUAAUUACCCACAAGUACAAGUUUGAGGAUGCUUUAGAAGCUUAUAAGAAAACCGCUAGUGGUGAGAAGGGUGUCAUUAAAGUGAUCAUCGAAGGUCCUGCCACACAAUAAGCAAUUGCUUGAUGAGUUCCUUUUUCUUUUCCUUUACCUGACAAUACCGGUUUUGACAACUACUUUCCCUAUGAUAUUCUAUAUACUCGACGAAUACGAUUGCUAAUGUUUGUUACGUG